UUCAGCUCCGAGCCCAGCCCCGUGCGCCUCCCAGCACCAGGAUGGUUUCCUUCAUCCUCUGCCUGCUCCCUGCUCUCCUAGCUACAACGAAUGCACAAGCGGCGAACCUGAAUUGCAACUUGUGCUCCGGCACAGCAGCGUCCUGCCAGGCUUCUACACAGACCUGCCCAGUAGACAAGGCUAAAGGCGGCUGCUUUACGGUGGCAGAGGAAAACACACUGGAUGGGACAAAGACCACGAGCUUCUCCAGAGGCUGUCUGACUGACUAUAAUAGUACCAUAAAAGACCCCGUCACUGUCACUCUUGGGAAUGGCAAGUAUCUGAGGAUCAACACCACACGAUGCAACGACACAGAUAACUGUAACUCGGGCACACUGGCAGUGCCCACGGGGAGCACCACCGUGAACGGGUUGCAGUGCCCAACCUGCUUCGCUCUGAACGUCACCAGCUGCAACAGCCAAAUCACCCCUUGUACCGGGGACGAGACCUAUUGCAUCGAUUUCAUUGGGACGAUACAGAAUGGUUCAGCUACUUUAUCAUUAGCUGCAAAAGGCUGCGCUACUGCGUCCACAAAAGACAUUCCAGCUGGAACCUCCCUGGUUUCUGCAUUCUCCACUUACAACUUAACAAAGGUGACCUCCAAUCCUGCGGAGAAAACACCCACCAGUGGGGCCAGCCCGGCCCUGGGGCGAUUCUCCUUUGCCCUCUACCUGCCUGGCCUGACUGGGCUGCUGCUGGUGAAGCUGCUUGCCUGACCCCUGCCCGGCACGGCCCCACAGCACCUGAUUCCUGUGCGUUGCAGCCCGAGCUCUGAAUCGUACGUUAAUUCUAUUGAUUAUUCACAAAUUCCCAGUGAUCGCUGGGAGGUCUGACAGGUUCUGGGCCCUAGAUCCGUCCCAGUGUUAUUAAAAUUACUGUUCAGCUGGGAACCCCGAUGGGGGGACAGCGGUAAUACAGAAUGUCCAUCUGAACCGCCCCGUUCUCGCACCGCCCCUUGCAGAACAACCGGAAAUGUUAGUCAUUAUCUUCCUCCUCACCAGCACCUUCCUCCUCUUCACCCGGGGCCGUGAUCCGGGCACCCCCCAAAUGCUGCCUCUCACUCAUCUCCUGCCCACAGGCUGGGGUGCAACUUUUCUAAUAUGUUACGCCAAUGCCACUGUGCCUAAUGCCUAUUCAGUAGGGGGUUCUCCCCUCCGCCUUAUCUGUAUCUCCUCACCCUGCCGAUGUCGGGGUCCCUUCUCCUGUAGUUUAGGAUGUUACUGAUCUCAGCUUAUUCUCAGACACGUCAAUUCCUUGCCAUGGCCGGCUUGUGGUCAGACAUCUGCAGACGUUCCCGUCCUACAAUAUCCCAAAGCCGGUGUUAGCUCACGUCCCUGUGGCUGGCUGGUGUCGUUACGGACAAACCGCCCCUUUAAACAUUCUGUUCCCAGGCCCCUCAAAUUUAGGGGUGACCAUUGGGCCAUUUAUCUGUGCCAAAGUUCAUAGGCCCCCCCAAGCUUUAUGGUAUGUUCAGGUUUCCCGUUGCUGAGCCCAUCCGCAUAAGACUGGGGCGCUGACCGAUGCUU